AUGUACCACUGUGUCAGUGAGGGCAUGUGCAGCUGUGUCAGUGAGGGCGUGUACCGCUGUGUCAGUGAGGGAGUGUACCACUGUGUCAGUGAGGGCGUGUACCACUGUGUCAGUGAGGGCGUGUACUGCUGUGUCAGUGAGGGCGUGUACUGCUGUAUCAGUGAGGGCGUGUACCACUGUGUCAGUGAGGGCGUGUACUGCUGUAUCAGUGAGGGCAUGUGCAGCUGUGUCAGUGAGGGCGUGUACCACUGUGUCAGUGAGGGCGUGUACUGCUGUGUCAGUGAGGGCGUGUACUGCUGUAUCAGUGAGGGCGUGUACUGCUGUGUCAGUGAGGGCGUGUACUGCUGUAUCAGUGAGGGCAUGUGCAGCUGUGUCAGUGAGGGCAUGUACCACUGUGUCAGUGAGGGCGGGUACUGCUGUGUCAGUGAGGGCGUGUACUGCUGUAUCAGUGAGGGCAUGUGCAGCUGUGUCAGUGAGGGCAUGUACCACUGUGUCAGUGAGGGCGUGUACCACUGUGUCAGUGAGGGAGUGUACCACUGUGUCAGUGAGGGAGUAUACCGCUGUGUCAGUGAGGGCGUGUACCACUGUGUCAGUGAGGGCGUGUACCGCUGUGUCAGUGAGGGCAUGUACCACUGUGUCAGUAAGGGAGUAUACCGCUGUGUCAGUGAGGGUGUGUACCGCUGUGUCAGUGAUGGAGUGUACCGCUGUGUCAGUGAGGGCGUGAAAAAGUCCCAUUCCUGCUGCAAGCCACCCAAGAAACGUCGCCCAUGUUGA